GUGAGAGUCACCCUGCCAUGGAGAAGCCCACGCCCUCCUCCUCUCCACCCCAAGACUACACUCUCCAGAGGCCUCUGCGGCCACUUCCGCCCUCUCUUCCGCUCGCCCCUUAGCGUGAGGAGUUGGCGUAACAGGAACACUUCCGGCCGGUGGAGUCCGCCCAUUAGGCUGGUUGGCAACGGUGUAGACAACUGUGUUCGGGUCCUUCUCACACCUCUGCUCUUGGUUCCCGAGCUUCAGCCUCAGAAUCGGGAGAGCACUCAGGAGAUCAGGAAAAUGGCCACGGGGCUCCUGAAAGCCAAAAAAGAGGGAUGCCUUUUGAUCUCUCAUCCUGAGGUGUGGACAAGGCAGACUCCUGGAUGAGCAGAGGUGUGUUUUGUGUUAAAAGGCAUUCAUGGCGUUCGGGGAUGUGGCUGUGGACUUCACCCAGGAGGAGUGGAGGCUGUUGAGCCCCGCUCAGAGGACCUUGCACAGGGAGGUGAUGCUGGAGACUUAUAACCACUUGGUCUCACUAGAAAUUCCAUUUUGCAAACCAAAACUCAUUUCUCAGCUGGAGCGAGGGGAAGAGCCCUGGAUAGAGGAGAGGCAACGUCCGCUGAGUCUUUGUCCAGCAGGAUCAAAGCUAGAAAUUCAACCUUGUCCCUCCUGUCCUCUGGCAUUCUCUAGUCAGCAAGCCCUCAGCCAACAUGUGUGGCUCAGUCAUCUCCCUCAGUUUUUCUCAAGUUUACGUGCAGGAAAUCAUCUCCAUUCAGGGAAACAAUAUUCAGAAGAUCAGAAACAGCAGCAGGAGCAAGUCUUUGAUCAAACCUGCUCAAGCAACAAAGCAGAAAUUCAAGAGAGAGAAGAUUCCAAGCUUUUGUUUGGGAGAGUAAGUAAAAGCAGCACUUCAAAGGCAUUCUCCAGAACCCUGGAAGAACAGCCAGUAAGGUCCAAGGAAGACAACACAGUUGUGGACAUAGUGCCCAGCCCUGCCCAGAGGACAAACCUUGAGGAAACAGACAAAACAUUACAUGGUUUAGAAGUCUCAGGAUUUGGAGCAAUCAAAUAUGGAGAGUUUGGGCUAGGCUUUAUCAAGGAGUCAAACCAGCUCAGCCUCCAGAAGACACACACAGGGGAGACCCCUUACAUGUACACUGAGUGGGGAGAAAGCUUUAGCAGUAUGUCAGUCCUCAUCAAAAACCAGAGGGCACACUCUGGGGAAAAGCCUUUUGUGUGCAGGGAAUGUGGACGAGGCUUUACUUGGAAGUCAAACCUCAUCACACACCAGAGGACACACUCAGGGGAGAAACCGUAUGUGUGCAAGGAGUGUGGACGAGGCUUUACUUGGAAAUCAAACCUCUUCACACAUCAGAGGACACACUCAGGGGUCAAGCCUUAUGUGUGCAAGGAAUGUGGGCAGAGCUUUAGCCUGAAGUCAAACCUCAUCACACACCAGAGGGCACACUCUGGGGAGAAGCCUUACAUUUGCAAGGAAUGUGGACAUGGCUUUCGCCAGCAUUCACACCUCAUCAGACAUAAGAGGACACAUUCAGGAGAGAAGCCUUAUGUUUGCAGGGAGUGUGAGCAAGGCUUUAGCCAGAAGUCACACCUCAUUAGACACUUAAGGACACACACAGGAGAGAAACCUUAUGUGUGCACAGAAUGUGGGCGUCACUUUAGCUGGAAAUCAAACCUCAAGACACACCAGAGGACACACUCAGGGGUUAAACCUUAUGUGUGCCUGGAAUGUGGGCAGUGCUUUAGCCUGAAGUCAAACCUCAACAAACACCAGAGGUCACACACAGGGGAGAAGCCAUUUGUAUGCAGGGAGUGUGGGAGAGCCUUUACCCGGAAAUCAACCCUCAUCACACACCAGAGGACACACUCAGGAGAGAAGCCAUUUGUAUGCACAGAGUGUGGGCGAGGCUUUAAUGAUAAGUCAACCCUCAUCUCACACCAGAGGACACAUUCAGGGGAAAAGCCUUUCGUAUGCAGGGAGUGUGGUAGAAAGUUUAGCCAGAAGCCAAACCUGUUUAGGCACAAGAGGGCACAUUCAGGGAGUAUACCCUUUGUGUGCAGGGAGUGUGGACAAGGCUUUUGUGAUAAGUUAACUCUCAUUACACACCAGAGGGCACACUCGGGGGGGAAGCCUCAUGUAUGCAGGGAGUGUGGGCAAGGCUUUAGCCGGCAGUCGCACCUUAUUAGACAUCAGAGGAUCCAUUCAGGAGAGAAGCCUUAUAUUUGUAGGAAGUGUGGGCAAGGCUUUAGUCGGAAAUCAAACCUCAUCAGACAUCAGAGGACACACUCAGGAUAGAAACCUUGUGUGGACAAGUAGUGAAACCUUUAGCCAAUAGUCACACGGCAUGAAACACCAGAAGUCCCACCCAGGGCUGUAGCUUUAGUAAUAAGUCAGCCAUUGCCAGACACUAAAGUAGAAACAUCUUAUGUGUGAUGGGAGUGUUCACGAGACUAAUGGUAAGGGUCAACAUCUCCAAUCCACCUGAAGGAGAAUUGCUGGCCCAUUUUCAGGGGCUCUGGCUUUCCCUAGUGGGGAUGGUAGGUUGUGGAAGGUCUCUCAGGUAACUUGAUGGAGAGAGUACUUACUAAGUAGGUUGAAAUUAGAGAAUUGAUACUAUUCCAAUAUUUCCCAAGUAUACUUGAACACUCCUUCCACAGUAACCUGGAUGUUACAAAAACAGCAAUUCUAGAGUCCAUCUCUUGAUGUCUGUCUUACCUUCUUUGAACAAGAGACAGAAACCAUGGCUGAUUUAAUCUUGGUUCCACAGAGCAUGACCCAGCAGAGUCAGCUUCAGGGAGAGUUUGGAAAAUGGUCAACUCAUGGGGACAGAGAUAGUGCUUGGGUAGAAGGUUUUAUUAUACAAAAGGCUGACAGGUAAGAAAGAUUGUAGGUAUCCUAGCUCUGAGUUUGGGAAGAGGUGUCCAUUUUUGGAAAUAUCAUAUCUUUGCUUGCUUCCUGGGGCUGUCUCUGGUUUUCAGGUUGAAUCCAUACUGAAAAUGUUUUUAUUGACUAGUGUUUUUAGACUAGAAAUGUACUAUGUAGUGUUAUGAAGAAAAUAUAUACACACAUAUACAGAAAUACAAAAUGAAAUUACUUUCUAUUCUUCUUUGAGUUACCAUACAGCAUCCCAUUAGUAAUUAUUUGGUUUAAAUUUUCCCAACCAUUGUAAAAUAUACUACUUUUUUGGUUGAGAAUACUCUUUUUGAAAAUGGCAGUAUCCCACAAAUUCAUUUAGAGUCGUGUCCCAAGGCCCAGUUUUUUUUCAUGAAACUUGACUAAAUGACUGUGAAUUUUCUUUGGAAAAUAAGUUUUCUAACAACAGGCAGGAAAAUGUAGAAAUUGUAUAAUAACUUAUCUUUUUAUCUCUGUGCAGGUAUGUAGAAUAAAUUUGAAAGCGUAAGAGAAAGUGUAUGAGUAUUUAGAAAGUGGUGAUGUAGGAUUUAAAGUACAAUACUCAGUGGUUGGGUCAUUGGCUUUCAGUUAGGGAAAAAAUAAACAUAGGUCCCAAAGUUUCGAUAUCCAAAGGAGUUAGAGUUAGGGAAUCACUAUCUCAAAUAAUAUGAGGUGUAAGAGUCAUAAUUUUUGUUCAAAAUCUAAGGUUGAGUGGAGUGAGCAGAACCUGGUGAAAAAUUAUGAAAUACUAUCUUAAAUGGAGCAGCUGGCAUGGCCUGCCCUUCUUAGCCCUCCCCAUGGUAAAUCCUGGCCUCAUGCUCUUACAUUUUCUCAACAGAAAAAUACCUUUUGAGUUUUAAUCUCUUUAAGUCUUAGAACUUAAUUACUCUUUUCCAUAAAAUCAUGUCACAAAAAUAAAGAUUCCAAAAUUAAACAUGUACCUUUCACCAGUUUUUUAGCUUUCGGAAGGAAUAUUUCAGUUUUCAGUGUAAUUGCCUCAUAAAAAUAAAAGAUUUUGCCUUAAAUUAUUUAAAACUCUCAACAGGAAAAAAUAGAGCACUGCUGGUAUAUGAAGAUUUAAAUAGAUUCAAAGAGAUUUAAACUCUGGGAAACAUUUCUAUGGAGCAGCAACCAAACAGAAAGAUCUGGAAAUGUUCUGAGAAAUAGGUAGAAAGAAGUCCCAUCCUUUGACCCUGCCCAAGCCCACCUCUACUGAUUCUUAAACCCACAUCAGGCCUUCUGCUUAGAACCUCUCAGAAGAGACAGAAUUAGGACAGGUAACCUGAGUUGUCUGCCUGGGCCUAGCAUUAAAAUCUGUGUGCAUAUUUGGAAACUGAUUAGGAGGCAAACACCACGUGGUAUUCAGAUAUGUGAAUCCUCUCAGUCUUGGAGGGUUUUUUUGGUUUUGUCUUUCAAUCUGUGUCUGGACUAUCCAUCCACUAUUGCCCCAUAUUUCAUAACCUGAGGUGACAGCUCUAGAUGUUUAAAACAGACAGAAAAUGUGCCCCAGAGCAACCACUGCCCAUCCUACCAAUCCUAUGGUAAGUAGUAGACUAUACUGCAGAAAAUUUUGAAGAAAAGAUGAUGAACAGUAUGAAACAAUGAAUAUUGCUUCAAAUCCGUUAAGCCUGUUAUGGUCACCAUUGAGAUGUUCCAUUUUAAAAGGAGUAGCAGUAAAUUUUAAUGUAAUUGUUUCAUUUAAUUCUAAUUUAUUAUUAUGGAUCAGUGGUUCCCUAAGUAUGGUCAGAGGAUGUUUGGGGGCUCUUUCAAGUGAUCUGCAUGGUCAAAACAAGUUUCGUUAUAACACUAAGACAUUACUUACGUUUUUCUGUUGUGCUGAAAUUUGCAUUGAUGGUGCAGAAACAAUCAUGGAUAAAACUGCUGGGCUUCUAGCAUGAAUCAAGGCAGUGUCACCAAACUGUACUACUAGUAUUAUUGUAUUUUUUACCACCCCCUACUGUGGUAAAAAAAAACCAUGCAAGUUCCACUUAAGAAUUUUCUUCAUAGAAAAGGAAAAAUUAAUUUUGUUAAAUCUUGACCUUUGGGUACAACAUUUUAAAAUUAUACUGUUAGGGCUUCCCUGGUGGUGCAAUGGUUGAGAGUCCGCCUGCCGAUGCAGAGGACACAGGUUCGUGCCCCGGUCCGGGUAGAUCCCACAUGCCGCAGAGCGGCUGGACCCGUGAGCCAUGGCCAAUGAGCCUGCGCGUCCGGAGCCUGUGCUCCGCAACGGGAGAGGCCACAACUGUGAGAGGCCUGCGUACCGCAAAAAAAUAAAAUAAAAAAUAAUAAUAAAAUUAUACUGUUAAUUUUGAGAUAACUGUAGAUUCACACAGGGUUGCAGGAAAUUAUAUAGGGAGAUUCCACGUACUCUUUACUCACUUUACUUCAAUGGUAAUGUCUUACAAAAUGAUACUAUAAUAUCACAACCACGAUACUAAAAUUGAUAUGUACACAUCUUUUAAAAACUAUACGUGAUGAAAAGAGAAAUGCACAUAAAGUCUUUCAUGUAUGAAGUUGUUUCAAAGAAGUGCACUUCAAUGGUUGAUUUGCGAGCUGAACCAGCUACGUUUUUAUGGACACCAAUUUUAUUUGAAAGAUUAGCUGACGAAUUUUGAAUAAGGUGACUCAGACUUGGAUAUUUGGUAGACAUUUGUAAAAAAAAAAAUGAAGUGAUUUUUUAAAACAGUAAAGAAAGCUGACAGUAAUUUUGUUAAUUUGACUUUCAAGCAAAAAAAUUAGAAUAUUGAAAAACAAGUUAUCUGCCACCAAGAACUUGACAGUUUCCCAAUACUUACUCCUUUAUGAUGAGAUUGGUGAUGAUUUUAAUGAAUGUGAUUUUAUAAUACCAUAUAAUGAAAUAUGUUGAUGGAAGAUCUGCCUAAUUCACUGAACCAAUAUUUUCCAAUUAGUACAUAAUGCUGCAAAAUCAUCUGUGGGUAUAUUAAAGUAUAAGACAGACAAAUGGAUUUCAAGAGAUAAAAGCCAGAUUCCACAUUAUAAGUAACCUUUAAGAAAUUACUACUUGUUGAUUUUUGGUGUAUUAUCAAAGGAUAAUGUUGACAAUUACCUGAAAAGGCUAUUAAAACACUCCUCUAUUUUCUAACUAUAUCUGUGUCAGGCCAGAUUUUAUUUAUGUCAACAGGUUAAGUACAGGGGCACAUAUAAAAUACCAGCUAUAUUCUAUUACACUGGACAUUAAGGAGAUUUGCAAAAAUACAAAACAAUGCCACUCUUCUCACUUUUUUUUUUUUAUGGUGGAAAAUGUUCACACCCAAGUGAAAGUGAAACACUUUACUUUUCCCCUUUAUGUGUGUUGUUUCUAGAUGUUUAUGGUCUGUAACCCACACUGAAAAUACUAUACACACACACACACACACACACAUCAGAAAAAAAGUUACAUGUUAUAAUACCUAACAUACUAUUAACAUCUAUGCUUUAUAUAAUUUAAACUAAGCAUAGAAGAAACAAAUACAAAGAAAAUACUUAACACCUACUGACAGAUAUAAACCUACAAUCUGAUGUAUGCUGAUCUAUCUAGACAGAACACAAACUUGGGGCAUUUUCACUUCUAGAACUAAAUGAUAUAAUUAAUCUCCUUCAUGCUUUUGGCUAUGUCUCUUUCUGAUUAUACUUGGCAAUUAUUUUUUUCUAUUUUUUAAAUCAAAGAAGCAGCUUUAUGCUUUUAAUCAUUUCUUCAGUGUGUCUUUUAUAUUUUGUUAAUUUCUGUUACUGUUUACUAAUCUCAAGCUAAUUUCUUUUUAUUGUAUUGAUUUUUCAAGCUUAUUUAAUCAUAAUUUGAUUUAUUUAUCUUUUUACUGUUCUGAAAUUCAUUUCAUUUCUAAGUGGCAUAUAAUUUUCAUUUUUAUUUUCUCUUUUAGACAAGAAUUACUGUUUCAAAGAGUGCUUACAAAUGGCUAGAUGGACAUAUUCAUUUUUACAAUAUCCUAGUAUUUAGCCUUUUAUUUUGUAGCAUUGUAAUCAGUGUAUUUUGUGAUUUCUUCCAUUUUAAUUCAUAAAGUUCAGUUUUGAAUGUGAUCAAGCUCUGUAACGUAAAGCAAGUAUUUAAUGUGUGAGUGUGUGUAUAUCUAUUUUAGUAAUAUGCCAAAAUUAAUACAAACGGUUAUAAAAUUUGAUAUUUUUCUAGUUAUUUUAUUCUCCUGUUGUUUUAUAUUAAUGAUCUGUAUUUUUAUUUAUUAAUUUAUAUUAUAUGUUUAACACAUGUAAAAUUAAAUCUGUGAUAUAAAUGUAGGUAUAAAGAUUAUUAAUAGAACAAAUGCCAUUGUGUUCACCCCAGCAGAAGAAAUAAGCCUUAAUUAUUUUUAAAAACUUAGUACUUCCAUUUCUGUAAGUGAUAUAAUAAAUAAAUUUAUGAUCAUGUUAGGAAGCAUUUCUUCAUGUAUUUCAAUCAAAUUUUGCUUAACAUAUUUCAAAGCUGUUUUAUUUAGACCUGUAGAAAUUAAUAACAUUUCUUCCUGAUGAAUUUUUCCCUUUAAAAACCCAUUCAGUGCUUCUAA